CGGGAAUCGGUGCGUCUCGGGUGGCCGUCCAGACGCCGCGACUGAAACUCCUGAAACCAACUAGCUAGCGUCUCCGCAGUUCCGUUUCAGAUAACAACAUCGGUACGCUAAGAUGAGUUCGCAGCAGCCGGCCGUGUCUUUACCCGUCUCCACUCCGCAGAUAUCGACAUAGUGCACGUAUGGAGGGCCACCAGCGCGGCUGUGAGCUGUCGGAACACCCUGCACCCCCUGAUGUAAGUGCGUGAGCCCGCAUUCUCGACCCGAAUUGUACGUGAACAGCUGGAGGCCGCGAAGAACGACAGCAGGAAAAUUCCACCGCACAGCAUGGCCUCGGUCGCCGCUUGGCUGCCAUUCGCGCGGGCGGCGGCCAUAGGAUGGGUGCCCAUAGCCACGCACCCUCUACCACCUCCUCCCGUUCCCAAAGACCGCAGGAAGACCGACGACGAGAAGCUGCUCAUCAACGUGUCGGGCCGGAGGUUCGAGACCUGGAGGAACACUCUCGAGAAGUAUCCGGACACCUUGCUCGGAUCCAACGAGAGGGAGUUCUUCUACGACGAGGACGUCAAGGAAUACUUCUUCGAUCGUGACCCGGAUAUCUUCCGACACAUCCUCAACUACUACAGAACUGGCAAGCUCCAUUACCCCAAACACGAAUGCCUCACUAGCUACGACGAGGAGCUCGCGUUCUUCGGCAUACUUCCUGACGUUAUCGGAGACUGUUGUUACGAGGACUAUCGCGAUAGGAAACGGGAGAAUGCCGAGAGGCUUAUGGACGAUAAAUUGUCGGAGAAUGGGGACCAACACCUCCAGCAGCUCACUAACCUUCGCCAAAAGAUGUGGAGGGCUUUCGAAAACCCCCACACUUCCACCGCAGCUCUGGUCUUCUACUAUGUGACUGGGUUCUUCAUCGCUGUAUCUGUAAUGGCCAAUGUGGUGGAGACGGUACCGUGCGGAAGUAGGCCGGGUGGUGCAGGUUCUCUUCCUUGUGGUGAACGUUAUAAGAUAGUGUUUUUCUGCUUGGACACAGCCUGUGUGAUGAUAUUCACCGCAGAGUAUCUGCUCAGGAUGUUUGCAGCACCGAAUCGUUAUAAAUUUGUGCGAUCAGUGAUGAGCAUCAUAGACGUAGUCGCAAUAUUACCGUACUACAUCGGACUUGGGAUCACAGAUAAUGACGACGUGUCUGGGGCAUUCGUCACUCUUAGGGUAUUCCGCGUUUUUAGAAUUUUCAAGUUCUCUAGACAUUCGCAGGGACUUAGAAUUUUGGGCUACACGCUUAAAUCGUGCGCUUCCGAGCUGGGCUUCCUCGUAUUCUCCUUGGCGAUGGCCAUUAUUAUAUUCGCCACAGUAAUGUUCUACGCAGAGAAGAAUGUUGGCAAGACCUUCACCUCUAUUCCAGCUGCAUUUUGGUACACUAUUGUCACGAUGACAACGCUAGGGUACGGAGACAUGGUUCCUGCAACGAUAGCAGGUAAAAUAGUUGGCGGUGUUUGUUCGCUGAGUGGCGUGCUAGUCAUCGCUCUACCAGUACCCGUCAUCGUCUCGAAUUUCAGUAGGAUAUACCAUCAAAAUCAACGAGCAGACAAGAGGAAAGCUCAAAGGAAAGCCCGCCUCGCCAGAAUACGCAUUGCCAAAGCCUCUUCCGGCGCAGCUUUCGUCAGCAAAAAGAAGGCUGCCGAAGCGCGCCUGGCUGCCCAGGAAUCGGGCAUCGAGCUGGACGACAACUACCGCGAUGAGGACAUCUUCGAGCUGCAGCACCACCACCUGCUGCGCUGUCUCGAGAAGACCACCGACCGCGAGUUCGUGGAGCUCGAGGUGCCCUACAACGGCCACCCCAAGCGGCCGGGCUCCCCCUCUCCGAUGGCCAGUCCAGCCCAUUCCGCGGUGUCGAUUGGCCUGCUGCAGUCGUGCUGCGGCAGGUGCUGCGGCAGGAGGUACCAACAGACCUGCGGCAAGUACAUGCCUGCAGCGUCAGCCGCACAGACCAACCAGACAGGAAGCGGAAUGGACGGGACUUAUCUCGUCGAGGCGUCUUUUUAAGACAUAUCACGGACUUUGUCUCUUCUUCCGUUUCAGGGAGGGAGUGGCUUUUCGAUGUGCUGUUGUGGCCCAAUCCCUGGGAGUCCUAACCACCAACGCGUAAAACGGACAUGCGACAUUCUUUAUUACAAAAUAACUUAAUUUUGGGGUAGUGAAGGUCUCCUAUAAAAGCGAUAUUUCCGUCGAAUAUUAGAGAUAAUAGAUAGGGAAUCGAUAUCGUGAACGGAGGAUCGUACCUACCGAUUUAAUCUAGUGCUAUAAGUGGAAAUGAAAGAUGUCAGGAUUCCGAAUUCUCUUGAUCAUCACCAGAAUUCGCAACUUCAAGGUCUCAAGGAGCGAUCCCAUUAAAUAUGAACAUAUAACUCGACCAUAUACAUGCUUCUCAAAACAUCUACGCAAUAUGGUAUAUUUACAUUAUGAUUACUUUUUUAUAUAUGUGAAUAAAUGGGAUACAUCGAUAAAAAUCGCGUAAUUGCGAUCGUAUCUAGUAUCAAAUUUCAUAUGAAUAAUAAUUUCGAAAUUCCUUUUAUACCACCGGAAUGAUCUUUUCUAAUCGAUAACUGAAUGCACAGAUCACCCAACUUCCAGAUGCGAAAGUUUUGUUGCCGCCUUCGAAGUUCGAUUGGUCAAAAUUUGUAACACCAGUAAACACAGGAUAUCCUCUGGAUAUCCAUAUGAUGUCUAUGCUUGAUCCAUAUGGACAUGGACAUCGAAUGAACAUCCAAUGGAUGUCCAUUAACCACUAGUACAAUGGAGGCCCGUUUAGGGAUAUUCACUGAAAAUUCAGUUUCCGUCCAUACUGGACGAGAGGAUUCAAUUGAAAGAUGGGCGUCCAUUGGACUCCCUUUGUACAUCCUUUGGUCGAAUCGAAAUAUACGACGA